AUGUGUAUUAUAAAACCGGGCGUAACAGACAUAUCACCUGAUAGUGGACAGACAGAUAAUAGUGGUUAUCAGGAUAAUGACAUCAAGCAAAUGAUUGCGAGUCAGGACGAGAGUAUAUACGAUGUGUUUAUGAAUCUAAUACCGGAUAACAUAAUCGCCGCCACAUUUGCCACUCAUUACACGGCACUCGUGCCCAUAGACUCCCAUAACCUGACCCAUGGGUACAGAAAACUAUCGGAAAGGGCUUUCAAACCAAAUAUGUUAGGGUUGUGUGUCUUCUCACUAAUACUGGGUUUUGCGGUCAAAGAGUUGGACUCAAAGGCAGACACUAUUCGUAGGAAUAAUGCCGAUCGUAUAUUCGCAGUCAUGAUGUCAAUGGCCUUACCGGGAGCGCCUUCUGGCGGUUCAUCUAUAGUUAAUUUCAUAACAUUAAGCGCUAUCAUAGGAAUCGAGAAUCCACUGGACAUCCUUGCAUACACCAUGACAAUGGACUGGAUCAUGGAAAGGCUCCGUACAACGGGUAACGUUAUAGGGGACUGUUAUCUGGCGGCUAUUAUACAAAAGGUUAAUAUAUAA